UUUUGCACAGUAUUUUGUGAUAGUUCUGUUAAAAGUAACAUAAAAGUGAAGCAUUUCGCAAAAAGUAAAAUAGUAGAUCACUAUCAUGAAGGUACCAGUAUGGAUAUCAAGGGAUAUUUUCGAAAAAGCUCUAAGGAGCUUUUAUAAGAAUGAUUCCAUCGAAAUAAUAACCUUUACUUCUAAAGACGCUGUGCCUGUCGGAGAGAAUUAUACUAGCGACCUUUUCAGGACUUCCAUAACUUACCGAAUGAGUAAAAGUGGAAAAAAUGAAACUAUCUCUGUAAUUGUGAAAUGCGGCAAUGAAGAUGGAGGAAUAAAGCAAGACAUGGCAAAACACCUCCAUUUGUUCGAAAAAGAGGCAGAAAUGUUCAGCAGAACUUUCCCAAUGAUAUACCAAAUAUUAGGACAAUACUACACUCUUUCCUCGAAAUGCCUCUACACCUCCGUCGAGCCUCACUACAUAAUUGUUUUGGAAGAUUUAACAACUCUUGGUUUCCAAAUGCUUCCAAGACAUAUUGGUUUCGAUUUGGACCAUUGCUUUAGAGUUGUUGAAAAGAUGGCCCAGUUGCACGCUGCUUCUGUUAUUAUGUAUGAGAAGGAUCCAUCUCUAGUGAAACAUUAUGGCGAAGGUCUUUAUGCUGACAACAAAUUAGUUCGAGAAUGGGUGAAAGUAGGGUACCAGUCGGUUAUAGAUGCCUGUUCCAGGUGGCCAGGUUUUGAAAAGUAUGGUUAUAAGUUGCAUGCUUUGGGGGAUGAAGCCCUUGAGAGGGGAUUUGCUGCUCAAAAAAGGAAACUGGGUGGCUUCCAUGUUUUGAAUCACGGCGACUUGUGGGUUAAUAAUAUGAUGUUCUUAUAUGAUUCUCAACAGAAGUUGAAGGACUUGAGAUUUGUGGACUUCCAAAUGUUGAUAUUCACCAGUCCAGCCAUUGAUUUGCACUACUUUAUCGCUACCAGCACCAAGAUAGAAGUAAAAUUGGACCACAUUGAAAUCAUCUUAGAUCACUACUACGCCCAGCUUCUGGCUAAUUUAGCAGGACUUCAGUAUUCUUUGGAGAGAGUACCGACGAGGGAACAGUUUAAGAAGGAUUACAACUACAGAGCUUUCUUUGGUCUAAUGGGUGCCGCAACUGUUCUGCCUCUUGUGAAAGCAACCAAUAGGAGCGACGCCAGUUUCGACAACAUCGUUAAGGAUCAGGGACCGGAUGGGUUUCGCUACCAUGCGUACAACAACGAGAGAUACCGAAAACACAUGGAACACCUUUUACCAUACUAUGACAGUUUUGGAAUAUUAGACUGAAAAUGUUGUUUUCCACACAUUGUACUAGAUGAAAAUGUAAAUAUAUAUAGUAAUAAAUAG